AUGUCUCCCGGCAGUUACAUGGCUUACUCCCCGUCGCCCUCCGCCCCCCACUCUCCUCACAUCUCCAGCAUCCGGUCCGUUGUCAGCGCCUUGGUUGAGCAGGAGAAGUACGAUCCGCCAUCCGCUUGUCGAAUCCCGGGGACUCGAGUUCGUUUCUUCACGAAAAGUUUAGUCUGUCGUAAUGAAAAAUGGCGUAGUUUUCUCUUCUUAGAUUGGUCCAUACAAUCCGAUCCCCCUGAAAGCAUCAUGGCAAUGCUCUGUCGCGCGUUUCGUUUAUGGAUUCCGAUUUUUCUUCCCCUUUCCGCAUCGGGGCCAGGAUCUUGACAUGAUCGCUGAGAUAUUUUCUGGUUUCUGGUCUUUGGUGUUUCUUCAAUAGUAAUCUCUCCGUCUGAGAGUGCGUGGUCCCCAGUGUUGGCAUUCCAGGGUGUCUGAAUUGAUUCACGGCUGCUUGUAGUAUAUGAUAUCGAUGUGGCAGUAUCCACAUUUUCACCAUAGCUUCCUAGAUUCUGAACAUGCUUUUUCCGUUUCUUGCGCAUUCUUCUUUGGUGCUUUCUUGUUUCAGUUAAGUAGGAUUCAAAAAAAAUUCUUUUGGGGUCUUAGUUUCUACCUUCUUCGAUCGGAGGCUUCUCUUGAGUGUCGCAAAAUUAGGAUAAUAUAUCGGUAACCAAGGUUGAAUCGUGCUUGAAGGUAUUUGUCAACGCUGCUGGCAGAACGUCACAAGCUCGGCCCUUUUGUACCUGUGCUACCGAACUGCUAUCAACUGCUGAACCAAGGUGAGUCAUCAUCUUUCAUCUCCCGAGAUUGGAGAUGCGUGGAAAUGUUGUGAAGUCUGGUUUCGAAGAAUUCUUUCUGUUUUUCAUAGUAUUCCGGUCUGUCUGUUGGAUCGCAGAUUAUCUUCAUUUAGCACUCUCUUUUCUAGCGAUUUGUUACUGGAACAGUUUUUGUCAGGCUUAAUGUUUUGGUCGUGAAGUAUGUAUGUGCCUGUGACUGUGCUGGUUUCAUCGAAUUUUAUGAGAUAAAAUACCCUGGAAAACGAUGAAAAAAAUGAACUCAGGAGCUUGAAAUGUACUUAAACGGUGGUGCUAAUAGAAGGGAAAGUGUUUAUCUUUGGGCCUACAUCCAUUCUUAAAUGACUAAUUCGAUAGUUUCUCUUGAACCACGUGGCUACUCAUGGUUUGGGGUGAUGCAGGCUGAGUCUUUGAGUAGGUUACACAAUUCUAGAAGAAAGUAAUUCCCGGAGAUAAUUUAGAAAUGAUAUUGUCGUACAUUCAGACAUCAGUAAAGACUGUUGUAAUUAAAGCGGCGGUCUUUAAUGAUGCAUGAAAGUAUGACAAUGCCUUUACUAAACGGAUUGUUCUCCUCUGUCCUCCCCCCCCCCCCCUCUCUCUCUCUCUCUCGCUUGUUCGCUUGCUCUGUCUAUCUCUAUGCGUAUGUAGUCUGCUUAUACAUUGUGCGUUUGCUGCAGCUAGUUAGAUCCAAAAGAUGAACAUUAUUUUGCUAUGCUGGCGUUUUUUCUAUCACACACGAUUCCUUGUUCAAUACGUGCAAGCCACCAUCAUGAAUCGAACAUCGUUUCGUUGAUAUUGCCAGAUAUUAUACAUUAAUCAAUGGAUAGCCGUUCCUUUGGUAAAAAAUGGCGGCAAUUAUCAAAUUAUUCUUCUUCUAUAACUCGUCCCACAGUCCAGGUGAGAAGAUUUGGCAUGCAAAUCUGAGGUACAGAAAACAUGCCGAAAUUCAUAAGGCAGCAGUUAAAAUGUAUCCAUCCUUAUCUCAAGUGAUCAUUUAUCAGUACUAAAAUAAAACAAUAAUGCAACUGCCCUGUUACUCUAUUUCCGGUUUUCAUCAGCUUUUACCACAACUGAUCAUGCUUCUGUCAAAUUGUAAAAUCUUGGGAGGAAAAGCAACUCCCUUAACCGGUGUAAGAAUGUUGCAGCUUGAAUGUAGCAGUCUUAAUCAGAAAUUUACAGUUAUUCACAGUUAGGUGAAGGUAGGUGACCGGCCCCAGAGAUCUCUGUGUUCUUUGGAACACGGGUGGAAAUUGGUGGGUCCGAUGGUCUCUGAUUCACCAAAGAGAGUUUGAGAAAAGGGUUCGAUUCCAAAUUGACAGGGAUGAGAACAAGUUUUGGUCGGUUCUGUUACAGUUCUGUCCAACAGCCUAUAACAUAGUCAAGGGUGAAAUUAUUGAUAGGAUUUGUAACUUGUGGGAAACUCGUCACUUUCCGUUCUUAAGUGGUCCCACAUUAGAGGUUCACAUAACAAAGCAUUGGACUUUGAUCGAGAGGCUAGUGAUUGACCAAGCUGUUUCUAAUGAUGCAAAGAAUUAACUGAGGUUGGCUGACUUUGAUUGAAGUGUAACGACUGUUUAUAGCUGUCUAGUUGUGAUGAUAAUACGAGUCUGCUUAUCUUUAAAUAGAUUAUUCCUAAUGCAUGAAUUUGUUUUUUGGAACUGAGCAAGAAUACAUUUAGGACGCUGAAUACAAUGAUGACAUUUGCCCGUCCUUCUGAUCGCCUAGGUUUCCUAGUCCAUUCCAGAGAAACUAUGUCAUGUAAUUCUUAGAUUUCUGCAAGAACGAAUUUAAUAAUCAGGUAAUACGAGUAACAGAACCGAAAUUUGAGUGGAAAGAACAAAUUAUACAAAUAGAUUUCCUUGUGCUUGCUCUAUUAACUCAGUUUCUUAGCGUUUUCUAUCCAUCUUGUGCUUUAUUUGUAUAGCCUGUUGCAUUUCAUUGGCCCUAAUCCUUCGCAAUUCUGUAAUAUUAGACAUUUAUAUUUUUGUACGCUGCAUUUCUUUGCAAAUGAUGUUAUUUUGACUUAGCUUACUGUUCAAUUAUUGAGAGUUCAUCUCAGGGCGUUGCCCAUAUUUUACCGACUAAUUUAUUAACUAAUGCUAACUGGUGGAUCUUAUGCUUCUCACAUGUAAAUAACUGCUGACAGUUUCUCUUCUGCUUGAAAUUGGCGUUUUGAACCAGAAAUUUUGCGAGUAACUGCACUGUUGGGGAAUGCCUCAAUUUUAGAUCAAAAUGGACUUGAACAUUGUAGUCCGAUGACUACUGGAGGAUUGUUUUCAAAUGGAGCAGCUGACAUGAAUGGGUGGGCAUCAGGAUUUCAACCAGAAGUAUGGAUACUGACCAUCAAUUAACAUGACUCUCUUUCCUCUAAUUACUGGCUUCAAGAGUAUUAACAGUCUUUCUUACACCUUUAUGCUAACGUUAAGUAACAUCUAGCUGUUUGCUUCAAAUAGUGACUUCUCCCCCUUUCAUGCUAACUUGAAUCAAACAAGCCUUUGUAUGUUUACUUUUUAAACCACAUUCUCAGCAGUGAUUUGACGUGGUGUCCUUCUGGACGCGACAUAUCUGACGUAAUUGCUUUUGUUUUCGGUUGCUCUGGUCAUAGAGAUACCAUCUAUUGUCUUAUCCCAGGUCCUAUCAUCAUUCUUUAUUUUGUGUGCAUCAUCAAUAAUUUCAUUUUUUGCAUAGUGACAAGAUGAAGCUUUUUCGAUCACUUAUUUUCACGUUAAGUUAAUUAACUUAUCAUUUAUCUGGGUUAUUAUUUCACUUUUCUGUGCCUUCAUUAUCAAGAAGUUAAUCUCACCAUGCUAACUUUACAACACUCGAGGCUGAUAAACUUGUUCUAACUGAAAUUGGGGGUUCAUGAUGUAGUACAGCGACUCUAUUUUGGCAUGUCAUUAAAAUGUUCAUGGCCCCACAAUCGGCUCUCUUAUAGUAUUUGGAUUUAUACUAUUCUCAAAUGGCUUAGAAAACAAUCAUCUAUGUUCCAGUCAUGAUUUUCUUAUGUUCUAUUUCCUUGGUACAAGUUUCCCAGGCAUACACAUACAGAAGUUCACAUAUUUUUCGUUUUUUUUAUCGUCUCCAUCUUUUAGCAACUUCCACUUUUAAUACAUUGACGGGAAAACACGCAGAGGUUGGGAUUACUACACCCGCCCUCAUCACCACAUGGACGGCUCGGAUCGAAAGGUAGUUCUUCUGGUCUCAUCGUCAAGAAGACCAUCAGGGUGGACAUCCCUGUGGAAAAGUACCCUACUGUAAGCUUGCCUCCUGCUUUAUUCUGGUCUUCGUCCUUAGAUUCAACCCUUGUGCUCCUUUCAGUAAUCCUCUACAGCGUCUUCACGUUCAGUACAAUUUCGUGGGGCGACUUCUUGGCCCGAGGGGGAACUCUCUGAAGAGAUUAGAAGCGAACACUGAAUGCCGUGUGUUGAUCAGAGGAAGGGGAAGCAUCAAGGACCAGGCCAGGGUAACGGUGCUUCUAUUCUUUUCCUCCUUUUAUACCUGUGUGCUAUACUCAUUCUGCAGUGUUGCUUCCGAGAUCAUGUUGUUUACAUCCCUUUCCCUAAUAUUUUAAUGAGACAUUUGGACGUGAACCAGCCUGAACGCUCACUACUCACGAACCAGGAAUGUGUCAUUAAAAUCAAUAUUAGUGAAAACUUCCAUUAUAGUCCCAUUUGAUGAAGCUUGGAGCUCCAAAGAGCGAUUAAAACUCACUGCUCUGGCAAGGGGCUGCUGCCAUCAAUGGGAGAUAGAACCAGAUAUUUUCUAAUGGGAGAGCAACUCCCCCCCACUCCCCCAAAGCACACACGCUCGCACUCAGAGGAUUCCAUUACAUGUCUAAUCUGAGGCUUGCAACUUUUCCAAUCUUAGUAUUUCAAUGAAGGUGGAGCACCUGGACACUGGAGGUGCUCGUCAAUCCUGCAGGAAUUGUGUACCGAGGUGGGUCAACCUUCUUAGGGAGGUGAAAACUUUUCUAUAUCACGCGUUCGUUGAUUCUUGAUGGACGUGCCCAGUGGGUCAUCAUCCCUCGCUCGCCCUCUGAAUUCAGCUUCUGCGCAGUCAGUGGAAGCUCCAUGCUUCUCUAGAUGAAUAUUUUUCUAAUAUCCAAGUCAGAGAAACUUUUAAUUGCUCAUAAAUACCUCUGUGUCGAAGCAUCAUCAUAUGUGAUCCUGAGCAUGCGAAUCUGACGCGUUUGCUUUUCUGUAAUUUCCCAUUCAUUAAAUAUAAUUCGAUGAUUUGUUCUUAUGUUUUGAUGUAAUUUCUCUGGCAGGAGGAAAUGAUGAGAGGAAAACCAGGCUACGAGCACCUGAACGAGCCUCUUCACAUUCUCGUGGAGGCGGAGCUUCCGGUCGAGAUCAUUGACGCCCGCCUGAUGCAGGCCCGCGAAAUCCUCGAAGGCCUACUGAAGCCAAUGGUAUUGUUCUCCAUAACCUGCCCUCUCUCUCUCUCUCUCUCUCUCUCUCUCUCUCUCUCUCUCUCAGCUGCACAUAACCCAGCAUUAUCUUUGAAACUACAGGAGGAAUCUCAUGAUUUCUUUAAGAAGCAGCAACUCCGGGAGCUGGCCAUUCUGAAUGGCACUCUCAGGGACGAGGGGUCCAACGUGUCCGGCUCCCUCUCGCCCUUCAACAACAGCCUCGGCAUGAAGAGGGCAAAGACAAGGGGGUAG